AUGACCGAAUCAACUCCUAAAUUAUAUCCCGGAGAACAGCUGGACGAGGCUGCCGGUUUUCCAACCCUUUAUAACUACUUUCCAGCCGAUCCCAAUAAAUCCUUGGUUGUAUUCAUACCCGGCGGUGGACACAACGCUCGAGUCGCCUAUGGCGGGCAUGAGGGKUUCCAAGAAAGAGACUUUUUAGCACACUGGCUGAACAGUCACGGUCAUGGCCUACUAGCCAUUUCAUAUCCUACCGAAAGCGAGCCGGAAAUUGUCCCAGCUACUGCACCCCAUUUCCGUAUCCGUGACUGGGGAAAGCAAGCUUCCGAAGUCACGCACAAGAUGAUUGAGAAGAAUGGUCUGUCCAAGCAGGUCGUACUCGUCGGAUGGAGUAUGGGUGGUAGGAUUGUGAUUCCAUAUUGUACCCACGCGCGUUCUCUGGGGAUCCAAGUGGUCUUGUUCGUAUCUCUUGCAGCUACUCCCGGCAUUCAUGGCUCACGGCCGCCGCCAGCUGGAGUAACCAAUACAGCAGCUGGAUACGCUACUGCGACAGACUUAUACAAAACCUUCGCUAGACAAGUCCGAGAUCAGAACGAGCAAUGGAAUAACGGUAAAACAAUCGUCCCUGAAGACGUCUAUCUUCAAGAAUAUACUGGAUAUACGCCAGUGAGUUUGACGGGAUGGAAUUAUCGCUAUGACACCGAAAGCCGGCAAUUCAUCGAAGAUUAUUGGACUUCGACCGAAGACGCGAUAGUUGAUCAGGCCGAGCAUUGGCCCCUGAUAGCUGCUCUGGUGGGGAGUAGUCCGCUAGAUGCCCGCCACGUUAUGACUGACCGGGCAACUUGGAGUUUUGUGCUCACACGCAAAUUGAUGCAUGAGAUAGAGAGCCAUAAUGUUGCAAAGGUUGUCGAGAAGGGGAAUUGGAACAAGCUGAUUGAGAUGGUGCAUUCAUUGCCUAGCCAGAUUUCGUACCUGCUUCCGGGCAACCAUUUCUUUUUCAUGGGCGAGCCUGGGGCACGCCGAACAGCGGAGAUUAUUGUAGAACAUCUGGAGAAGGCGAAUAGCUUCAAGCGGGAUUUUGAAACUUUGCUCAAUUGA